UGCCCAAUGAAAAAGGCGACAUGGGUCGCCCUCAUGCAAAACAGAAUCAUGCGCCACGAAACCCCGCUGUUCAGCUGGGAAUCUCUCCUCUCUCCUCUUUCUUUCAACAGCUCAUCUGCGGCCGCUGGGAUAAGAUGGCUGAAGCGAUCGGGGUCGUUUCAGGGGCGAUCACCUUUGCAACUGUCGUUACGCAGAUUUCCAAGUCGAUUAUCCAAAUCAAAGACUGCUGGGGCGAGAUCCGCGAUGCGCCUGAAGAAAUGCAAGCACUCAUCGCUGAGCUAGAAAUUUACAAUCUCAUCUUGCGGGAAACCGAACAGAAUCUCUCAUCGGGCCCACUGGCUAAUUUCAUAGAAAUGAAUGGACAUUCAUUUCAGAGUCUAGAGGUCUGCAAAAAAGCAGCAGAGAGCCUUCAGGUCAUUUCAAAGGAUCUUGUUAAUGAUCUCCGUCCAUCUGGUCGCUUGAGGCGAUCCUACUCUUCGUUUAAAAUAGUGCUUCAAAAAAGCAAAUUGGAGAAAUACAAGUCCAGGCUCAGCAACUCGAUUCGGUUGCUUUCUCUUUCGCAGCAAUGCUAUUCAAUAGCUCUAAUGCAGAUACAACCAGUUAUGGUCCCUCGGGUUCAAGUUAAGGACAACACAAGUGACAAAAAAAAACAACAACCUGGGUCACCUUCCAGUGUCGUGCAUAUGUCAUCACAGAAAGGCAUUUAUUCAUGGCGGCUUGGUCUGCCAACCUGGGUCACCUCGAAAGCCUUUGAAAUCCAAGGGAAAAGAGCCUACGGCGGUUGGCAGUGGGUGUUUCGCACGUAUGAUAUUCGUCCAUGUGGUGACCCCGUUUUUAAACUUGCUAAAGAUGGAGACCUUGACGGCCUACGUCAAGUGUUCUCAAGUGGGAACGUCUCCCCUUUUGUAAGGGAUGAAUUAGGGAUGACUUUACUAUCUUGGGCUUGCUACAACAACAGUUUUGAAGUAGCGGGAUUUCUCCUAGAACAGGGAGCUGAUCCAAAUGCACUAGAUGAUUCAAAGAUGAAGCCAAUUUCUACAAUAGGGCGAGUUAUGAUAAACCCUCCUAGGAAGUCACAAUCUAUCUUCCCCCUUCUACGGUUGCUCUGUCAGUUUGAGGAUGAAUCACAGGAUGAUCCAUGGGAUGUCUUGAUGAGAAGUUUUCACAGGUUCAGAGGCACAGCGGAGGAUUUCAUUUUCCUCCAGCAAGCCUGCUGCCCAUUAUUUUUCACCAUAUCCGAUGAGCAGCGCAUUCGAUUUGCCAUUAACGAAAUCGGGCCUUGCUUAUCCCGUAAUUUUUGGAAUGGCCCCUCCAUCAUCAGGGCCAUUCUCAAUGGGAUUCAUUUUACAACUUCCAAAUUCGAAGUUAUCUCUUUUACACUUUCCAACUUUGAAGUGCCAGACACCAGCUCUUUUUGGGGCAGCACUCACAUGAUCACUUUGCCUCAUGGUGUUGCAUAUUGUAUGGGCUGCACUAAAAUCGACUCGAAUUGGCCUUACAAUACCAUCAAGGACAUGGCUAUGCGGCAUAAAGUCUAUCAGGAAUGGCAUAUCAUAUUUCGAGAAAUGUUGGAAAAUGGUCUUCACAUACACCAGACAAUGAACGGGCUGACUCUAUUGCAUGCUUUCUUAGACGGGUGUUUCCAGCUCUCUAACCCUCUUGAACGCUCGCUUAUGGGAAAGUGCAACGAAGCCCUGAGAGCGCUAUUACGGGAUCUUCAAGGUGCUAAUGUCAACCUAAAAGAGUUCGGUGAGACGGAAGAGCUGAUACUAAAAGAAAAUGGGGGUUGUAUUGAUUUCCAAACUUUCGGUAGAUCGAGGCGCUUUGUUAUUCGGCUGAUUGGAUUUUCACACGGCCCAACACCAGAGGACUGGUGCUUGUGGAUUAGUGAGCCCUCUGAUGAAUUCGUGGGAGACUUUUGGGCAAUGAUUGAUCGACGGAUGGAGAUGCCGGGUGGAUGGUCGGAAGAUGUACCCUUGCUUUUUUGACGUUACUGCUGUCCUGUGAAUUCAUAUGUUUUUUUAGACUUCUCUACAGGACUGCACAGGAUGGUAGCUGAAUCAAGCCAAGUCUAAAACAUCGAAA